CACACCAAAUCCAAUGACAGCACACAGCUGACUGAAAACUAAUCGACGUGUUAAGCCAAUGGAAAAAAUAAAAUAUAAUUAAAAUUUAUAAUAAUAAAACACUUGAAAUAAGUAGUUAAAAGAAAAGGCAAAGGACUGAAAUAACACAACAUCAUGCAGUCAGAUGACUUAUUGCAGUUUAAGGAUUACACCAAUACCCCUAGCACCAGCAGUCCUCCAGCACAAAUAAAUGUCAAUUCACCAACGCAUUCAACGGGCUCCGGUUCUGGUGGAGCUGGGCGGCAGCGUGGUGAUCCCCUUUCCGAUUUAAUCUAUGACAUGAGCAAUUCAGCGCAAAUUCUUUCCGGUGGCAUGUCGUCAAGUGGUGGAGGUGGCGGUGGCAAAAACACUGGCUUACCAGAGCCUGCCACGGCAACGCCCAGUAAAACUUCAUUCCUGACCAUUGAAUAUUAUCAAAGAUUCUUUGAUGUUGAUACCUUGGUAGUACUGGAACGUAUUGCCAAUUCUAUGAUACCCAAAAGGGCUCCCAGUAAUUAUUUAAAAUCGUCAAUUGGACAGAAUCCGGAUUUGUAUGGACCAUUUUGGAUAACAACGACUUUGAUCUUCUGCAUUGCCAUUAGCGGCAAUAUUGCCAAUUAUCUUCAGCAUCAAAGUGAAACUUACCAGUGGCAUUAUAACUUCCAUUUGGUCUCCUAUGCAGCCACUUGUAUAUUUAUCUAUGCAAACUUCUUGCCAGGAGCUUUAUGGGCCCUCUUCAAAUACAGUUUGAAGCCCUUGGAAGAGGGUCUUGAAACGGAAAAUGCUGAUUAUACUCCAUCUUUAUUAAGUCUAAUGUGCGUUUAUGGAUACUCACUGGCCAUAUACAUUCCAGUAUCUAUUCUAUGGGUUAUUCAGCUUUCUAUACUCCAAUGGCUUCUGGUCAUUACAGCCGCCUUAUUGUCCGGCUCUGUAUUGAUAGCUGUACUCACUCCAGCUUUGAGAAAUUCCAAAUAUUCUUUAUUUUUAAUUAUUGGCAUAUUAGCUGCUCAUUUCCUGUUAGCUGCCGGUUUUAUGCUAUAUUUCUUCCAUGUACCCAGUAGUGGUACAGUCGGUGCCCAUCAGACCACCAUGGAGGCCAUAAAACAACCAGUCAAAGAAGUACUAGAAGUAACCAAAGCUGUUGUUGGCAACAUAACCAACAAAUAAAAUGUGAGGUGUUUGUUCUUCUAGGUUUAAACAACUUCUAGUUUUAAGUAUUAUAUCAGUAGACGGCAGAAAACUAAGAAAAAUAAAUCAAAUAAAAAAAUGGAAAAAUGUCCCAAACGAUAA